CUUUGUUAUAAUUUAAGACACUCUUUUCACAAUCAGAAAAAUACCUUGAGUCCUUUGUGCCUUCCAAGUCGGCCUGUCCACGGUUGGCAUGGACUAUUACCCCAACGACGGGGAUGCGGAGGAGGACCUGGACACCCAGCUCACCAUCCAGCGGAGUCUGCAGGACGCCCACAAGCCGGGAGCCGCACAGCGCGCAGCUGAGGAUGAGAGGUAAUGGGUCCCUCCCGGGCACGGUCCUGUUAGGUAUUGCACAGGCGAGGCUUGUCAGUGGCAUCAUUCUACUAGGACAAAGACACAAGAGAGGGGUCGGAAGACAAGGAGCUGUGGUGCACUAUCUGUAAGGCAGGAUGCCUGCCCAGUCAGGGACAGUUGGAAAAGAACUGAGAAUUGAAGCAGUAAAGAAAAUAGUUGAAGGAGGCUCGUAGCAAAUCUGGGACUGGAAAUCAGAAGAAAGAGCGAAAAGAGGAGAAGCAGGGGCCAGGGAAGACCUGUAGCACACCGUGGCUUUGGGGAGCCAGAGACAUGCGCACAUCCAGCCAAGACCCCCCAGAGAGCCGUCCUGGACCUCCGUGCAGGCGCUGGUCCGCUCAGAUCACAAGGGGGAGAUAAGUAAAGGGAAACCCAGAGGACAGCAGUCCCUCUUGAGGUGUGGACUCAGAGUCCUGUCUUGACAAGAGCGGAGAAGGACUAGGGGUCCCUCAGCGGGGAAGGAACUGGCUUCCGGCACUCCACGGGCACGCACAUCUGGUGAAACGUGCUGUUGGCUGACCAGGGACCCCAGCCCCCGCCCUGGUGACCACCGUUUUCUCGGGGGUGAUGAGCCCGGGUUGCUUGCAGCGGUGACCUCUGCUUUCCUGCUGAAGGGAAGACUGAUGAAAUGUUUUUUAACCUCAAGAUAGUUUAUGAUUACGGAGAUGACAAAGUCCAUCAAAACUCACUGAUUUUGAAAGAUAACACACUCAUGGGGUGAUCACUGGGUGCGUGCCACACUGCUGAAAAACGCACUUGGUAAACAUGAACUCCCUCACGUUCUCACUCCGUCUGUGAGGCAGGUGCCGUCGGAGUCUUCAGGGAGAGGUCCAGUGCUGGCAGUGCGCUGAACCACACCCCAUUUCUCUACUUCUGCGUCUAACAUAGGAAUGAUCUCUAAAAUAACCUGUAAAGUUUUAUAGAGAAAUUGGGUCUGUCAGAUUCUUUGUUAAUUAGUCUUGUGAUUGAAAUUUAAACAUGCAAAACUAAAAAACUCUGAACUCAAUUUUAGGUUGAAAGGCAUGAGCUUGACCAAGUAAAGCAUACCUAAAUGCUUCAGAGAGACUGAGAUGGAGUCUAGUCGUAAAUUUCAUUUGCUGACUUGCAAGAGUUGUGUGACACUUAGUAAGUCUUACUGAUUUGAAGGAACUAGAAAACUGGAAUGUACUUGAGACAGACGUCCAGGUCUUAAUUCACGGAGCCUGUGAAUAUACAACCUUACAUGGCAAAGAGGAAGGCCACAGAUGGCACUAGGGUGCUGACCACCUGCCUUCAAGAUGGGACAAGUAGCCGAGGUUAUCCAGGUGGGCCCAGUGGAAUCACCAGUGAAAGGGAGGCAGGAGAGAGAACUCAGAAAUGGCGGAGAGAGGAGGACUGAGCCAACGCUGCUGGCUCUGAGGUUGCAGGAAGGGGCCCACGAGCCCGGAAACGUGGGGGCCUCUACAAGCUGGAAAAAGGGAAGAAGUGGUCCUCUGGGGCCUCCGGGAGGAACAGGGCCCUGCUGCCUUCUGAUUGCAGCCCAGGAGAUCCUCUUUGGGUUUCUGAGUCACAGAACUGGAGGAUCGGAAGUCGGCGUUGCUUCUGCAGCACUGUCGGCGUUGCUUCUGCAGCACUGAGUGGUGUGUGGUGGUCCCGCACAGUGCCCCCAAAAGAGAAGAGUACUCAGUCUAGGAGCCCAGAUCUCAGUUUAAGAGCAUUUAACUGAACAGCUCGUUAAGGAGGACAGAUCAUCUGGGGGAAUUGAUUCUCUUCAACUGAGUCCAUUGAGAAAUGAAAGAAAAUGGGAAAAUGACAGACCUUCUUGGGAAAAUGACAGACUAUCUAGAAAAUAGUCCUAAACAGAACCAUAAAAUUUCAAAUUAUUUUAUAAAAUGUAUCACUUAAACUGCUAAUAGUGUUUUCUGAGUGUGAAUUCGGUUUUUAAAAACCCACACCAUGAUGACUUCGAGUUUUUAAAAAAAUACUCUGUGAUUGAAUCAUUGAUAUCUUGGGGCCAGUGCUGUGGCUUAGUAGAUUAAGCCUGCGCCUGGUGUCUAGUUAAAGUCCCGGCUGCUCCACUUCUGAUCCAGCUGCUCGCUAAUGCACGUGGGAAAGCAGCAGAGGAUAGCCUAAGUUCUUGGGCCCCUGCACCCACGUGGGAGACCCGGAAGAAGCUCCUGGCUUCUGCCCGGACCAGCUCCAGCCAUUGGGGCCAUCUUGGGAGUGAACCAGCAGAUGGAAGACCUCUCUCUCUGUCUGCCUGUCAAGUAAAUUAAUAAAUCUUUAGCAUGUGACAGUGAGACUGUGAGAGUUGCAGCCCUAGGCAGGUUUGCUUCAGUUGCGCACACCUGGGGGCUCUCUCCAGGCUGGUACAGUCCUCGCCCUGAGGAAGGCAGGCCAGGAAGGGGGUGCCCGAGGACCAGCCAAGGCCGUGGGAUGAGGCCCCAGAGCACCACCAGGAAUCACCCAGAGCAGCGCUUCUGUCCCGGUCUCAGUCGUCACCCCACUGGAGGGCUCCAUCCUUGGCUAACGAGCGCUGACUCUGGGUUCCACACCCCACUGGCUUUGGGUUUCCGUGGGAUGCCUCAGCCCUUCCCUCACACAAGUGUCUCUUCUGCGCAGCUUUCCUUCCGCGGUGAGCGCCGAGUAUAAGAAGAUAGUUGACAGCAUAGAGGCAGUGAGGAAGACGCACUGUCGCAGCUGGCCCAGCACCACUCGGCUUUCGAUGAGGCAGAUGGGAUGGGGUGGACCCCCCUGCAUAAGGCUGCGGCGCAACUCAAUAAGAACAUUCUGGAGAUAACCCUGAAGGCCUCAGAAGCCAGGGUGUGGGAGCGGCGCACAGAGCAGGGGGAAACACCGCUGUUCCUGGCCGUCAGCCACUGCCUCGUCGAGAACACUGGCUUUCUUCUCAUCAAUGGCUGCGACCCGGAUGCUAAGAACUUCGAAGGCAAUUCUCCUCUGCUCACAGCUGUUCUGCGUGACUCCUACGACGUGGUCGCCCUGCUCAUCAGCCACAGAGCCAACGUCAACCUGCGCUGUGCCAACGAGAGGACAGCUCUGCACGAGGCAGCCAAACUGGGCCGACGGGACAUGGUGAAGCUGCUGCUGGCUUCCGGGGCGCACCCCGAUGCGCGGAGCUCCUACGGAUUCACCCCUCUCGCUCUGGCUGCCCAAGGUGGCCACACUGAAGUCAUGGAGAUGCUACUGCAGAAAGGAGCUAACGCUCAUGGUCAGGCGUCUGAUUCUUCUUCCAUCCUGCUGGAAGCUGCUAGAGGAGGAAACCCAGACUCUGUGACUCUCUUGCUCGAGUAUGGAGCUGAUGCCAACAUCCCCAAGAACUCGGGUCACCUGCCCAUCCAUGUGGCUGCCGACAGGGGCCACCUAUUAGCUCUAAAGAUGUUGGUUCCAGUUACAAAUCUUGCUGCCAUUAAGCAGAGCGGGAUCAGUCCAGUUCACUGCGCUGCAGCAGGGGCACACCCUCAGUGCCUGGAACUUCUCAUCCAAGCUGGAUUCGACGUGAAUUUCAUGCUAGAUCAGAGAAUUCGCAAACACUACGAUGACCAAAGAAAGUCGGCUUUGUAUUUCGCGGUGUCAAACGGCGACCUCUCUUCAGUGAAGCUGCUUCUGAGUGCGGGAGCUCUGCCUAAUCAAGACCCAGUGAACUGCCUGCAGAUAGCCCUCAGAAUGGGCAACUACGAGCUGAUAAGCCUGCUGCUGAGGCACGGGGCCAACGUGAAUUACUUCUGCAGGGUCAACCCCCUGCAUUUCCCGUCAGCACUGCAGUACACGCUCAAAGACGAAGUCAUGCUCAGGAUGCUGUUAAAUUACGGGUACGAUAUUGAGCUGUGCUUCGACUGUCCUCACGGGGACAAAGUUCACCCUUUAUAUAGUUUUGAAGGCUGGACCUCUACAGUUAUCAAAGACACCAUGUUCUGUGAAGUAAUGACGUUGUCAUGGCUGCAGCAUCUCUCUGGGAAGGUUGUUCGAGUGAUGCUUGAUUAUGUUGAUCAAGUUCAGAUCUGUUCAAAGUUAAAAGCUGUGCUCCAGAAACAGGGGAUCUGGUCAGAGAUCCAUUUUAUCUUGACAAACCCUCGCCCACUAAAACAUUUGUGCCGCCUAAAGAUCCGGAAGUGCAUGGGACGUCUACAUUUGCGAUGCCCCGUCUUCAUGUCAUUUCUUCCACUACCCAAUCGUCUAAAAGCGUACGUCCUUUACAAAGAAUAUGACCUUUAUGGACAAGGAAUUUUUACAGGAACUUGGUAAUCAAGCUGCUCCAGAGGAAAAGGUAAAAGUAUGCAGCUGUAUUUCUUAAAGUAUGAAUCAAAUGUAGUUUAUACCCUGUAAAAUGUUGCUCUGAACAUAGCCUUUCAACCUACAAAUGGCUAGCAUUGUAAGGCAUAAUUUAAAAUCACCCAAACUCAAAUACAAAUUUCAAUUAAAUACACCUGGUCCAAUUCCAUAUUGAUCUUAAGCAUACAAACUCAAUUUCUGUGUGCUCAAAUUAGAUGCCAUCUCUGACAAUUCAAUUUUUUAUGGAGAACAUCAUCUGCAUCUUAGAGACUGGACUGGAGGUAGGCUUACCCCAGUCUGUGACGUAGAAGCCAGCUGUUCUUGUGCAAAAGUCCUAAAACCAAUAUAGUCUGAUAGUAUUUCCUUGCAGAGUCUAGUACAAAGAUGGGGUAAUUCAGUUAAUUGACACAGAACCUUCCAGUGAAAUUCCCACAGUGUCCCUUCUCCCCACAAUGCCCUCGUUAUGGCUGCUGGGAUGGGAACUGAAAGUGUUUUCAAACAUCUGGUAACUUAUGGCUUCUGCAAUGAACCUAGCCUGGUACCUGAAAGGGCAGGGUUCACAGAGCAGCAGUUCUAAGAUGAUGGUUUAAAACAUCAUCCCAUACGAAAAUGCAAGUGAGCAUCCGGUACUAAAUUAAAUCUUCCUGUAUUCUAUGUUGCAUGCAAGUGCAGGUUUCUCCAUGUGGAAAGUGAAGAAAAUUGACAUUCAUUCAGCCACAUCUGUGUCAUACAUAGCUGGCACAUUAAUAGCACUAACGGAAAGGCCCAUCUCGUCAGUGAUUGACUAAAUAUGCAAAUAUCAAAGCUUAGUAUUUUUUUCAGCAUAAUACAAUCCACCUUAAUGAAACUGAAGCUAUGAUUCCUGAGGUGGAGAUUUUUGACUAAAUAGACUACUUCAGGGGUGUGCAUCUAGCACAGUGGUUUGAAGCCACCACAUCCCUCAGAGUGCUGGUUCGAGUCUUAGACACGCUGUUCCCAAUCCAGCUUCUUGCUUAUGUGAUCCUGACAAAAAAGUAGCUGGGUCUCAAUCACCCACAUAGCUUCCUGGCUUUGGCCUGCCAGCCCUGGCUGCUGCACACACUGGGGAACAGACCUCACCUGGUGAUGAUUUUUCUAAAUCAAACUGUGUGGUAUGUGCUUAAAAGUGAGUGGGAAACUAUGUUUAUCAGUAUAUAAAAAUAGAGAAGAUACGCAUGCCCUCAGAUAAAUUAUUAGAUAAUUCUGGAUUUUCUAAAAGUGUGUGUAUAAAAUUCAAGACAAAUUCUAACACUAACUCCUAGUAGAAGAAAAGCACUUGGUGUUAUUUAAAAAAAAAAAAAACAACUACAAACAGCACAUGGAUUAAUAUGCACACCUGGUAAAACUUAAGCUGGUAUACAGCCCCUUUAAUUCAGAGGAAUUUCUUAGAAUAGGCCCCAGUAGUAAUGAGUACAAAUUGUCUAACACAUCUCAGCUCAUUAUUGAAGUCUCUGUGCUACCAGGAAACAGUCACCAGUGAUGAGCUGGUUUGCUUCUACAACAAACCCUUCCCAAUGUGACGAUGUUUUAGCUGUUAGAACUGCAGUGGUGCGAGAGAUGUAACUAGAGUGUCAUGCUAAAUGAAAAAGUCCAAACAUUUUACAAGACAUUAAAAUUACUUGAAGAGUACAUAUCAACUAUUUCAUACAAAAAAGACUGUACAAAAAUCAUGGACUUUAUUAUACAUUAAAAAAUCUAACAACGUAUUUCCUGAAGGCUUGUUAUCAGCAAAUACCUAUUUUGACAAAAUGAAAAAAUAAGUUCUCCACAAUCACAUGAAGUUGAGUUCUUCAAAUCCAAUUUUAAAGGGAAAUGCAUGAUUUGUAAUUGUACACUGCAAGAUUAAUAGUAUCAGUGAAAUAAGAAUUAACUAAUUCACUUACAUUACAAAAUCACCAAAUAUACAAAGCAAUUUUGCACAUUAGUUUUAACUUAAUCCUCAGUGCUCAUAUUAACUGAAGUAAAUUACAUAUGAGUGCAGCCAUGAGAGAUUGGUUACAAAGUAUAAUAUGGUUCCAGUUUCAAAUCUUGAUGUAUUAAUGAAAAAAAAAGCUAAGAGUAAAACUUGGUAAAAAUAAAAUGAAGGAUUUGCUUGUUACAACUGGUGAAUUUAAAUAUUUAAGAAUGCUAGGAGGCUGUUAUCAAAACCAGUAUUUUCAUUUUACUCAGGUAGUACAAAGUUUUACAGUAUAUUAGCUGUUCAUUACUACCAGCAUUUAUAAGAUGAUUUUAAGUGGUUCUUAUGUGAAACUCAAUUAAGCCAGAUACCUUACCACUAAGAUGUGUCACCUCAGAUGCCACACACAUCCUACCGUCCUUUUCCCAAACAUAAUGGAAACAACACUACCACCUCCAGAUUAUGGAGCCUAAGAAGUCUUUCCAAAAUCAAACCAUCAGUGCAGAUGCGGCAAAAGCUAGACUAGCUUUUGUUCACGGUCAAGUUUCAGCUUCCUGUUGCCAAGUGUUCAGAACGCUACAAGGGAGAAGCAGUAACUGGUUUCCUGUCUACUGACUUCAUUACCUUAGUUAAAGUAUUGUUCCUGUAGGUGUAGAAUGUGCAGCAGAACUAGGCAAGCUUAAUUUCUUUCCUUUUAAAGUAGUUGUGUUAAUUUCUAAAAACUAUUAAGUUUCAGUCAGGAAAAGGUGGCCCCCAUCUAAUCCAAUCACCAUUAAAGUAUCACAGACCUUGAAGGGAUUUCGAAGGAGGGCAGCAGAACAAGAUGAGCCUUACCAUUAGGCAGAAACUCACAGGCACUGUCUUCAUAAACAGAGCUUUUAAGGUUGAUGCUUACAAAGGUGCAGUCAUAAAAUAGGUCAACAGUAAUGGAAUCGAAGGUGCAUCCUCUAAGGUUGUGUCAACUAGCCAAUUUGUACUUGGCACUGGAAUUCGUUUUGAUCUGACCUAGGGGCAUGGGUAUGUCUUUAAGGAAAUUCCUAUGACUAUAUGACUUAAAAGGAACAUCACUAAAUCUGCCAGUACCCUGAACUCUAGCCUGCACUUAAAGGACAGUACUUGGCUGAUGCGAAGUUCGAGCUGACCACCACCUUCGUAGGGCCACAGAUUUUAUCUAAGUGUAAUAUUAACAAGAUUCCAUGAAACAGUAAGCUUGCCAAUCUCAAAGAUCUUAAAAGCAUGACUGGCCCUGACAUAUCAACUACUGACCACAGAAGAAAUUUCAACUCCAAGAAAAGGAAUGAUACACUGUUGUGAAAGCAUUCCCUUUAGUCUAUGUGUUCCAAACGUAAGGCUUUUAAGAGUAUUAAAUAACUACUACUCCCAUUUGGCACACGGAUAAAAAGAAUAUCAGAAUCCUAUAUAUAAUUCUUCCAUUCCUACUGAAAACAACGUACAUAUGAAGUGUGAGACAACUGAGCUAUAUUUUGAGAACUAGAACAGAUGCCAUUCCUAAUUUAGAACUAAGAAAACUGUAUCAAUGAACAAAAGGAUUUUCUUUAGUGAAAUUAGUCUAAGCAACUAACCCGUUGAAAAUUUGUAAAUAUAUGGCUAUGUAAAAUAUUUUAUUCAACAUAUUGAGCUUGUACAAGUUAAACACAUAAACGUAAUUUUUAUCAGCAAUAUUAAAAAUCUGAUUAAAGAAAAAGAAAUCAAGUUUUGACAGAGAAGACAGGCAGUAGAGAAAUGGCAUUUUAACCUUGGCACCAGGCUAAAAUCCUUCCUUGGUCAACUUCUCCUAUAUCACACCAAACAUUCACUUUACUUUGAGUCUUUCAUGGAAUGAGACCUUUGACUCACUUGAAGAGCAGAGGUAUUUACAAUAAUUAGUGCAAACUAUUCUACUCUCAUACAUCAGUGGCUUUGUGGAUAUAAAGUGAUGAUUCAGUACUUUAUCAAAACAUAGGGUUAUGAAAAUAUGGGGACUCUCAGUCUGAAAUUUAAGACUACAUUUUCUAAACUAAACUCUGGGAAUUUUUCCUUUAAACAGUAAACAUAACUGUUAUAGAACUUCUUUUGAAAUGUCACUUGAUUAUCAAUAAAAAUUAUUUCAUACAAUGCAGAAAAUGCAAUGUAUUAUCCCAUAACAAUCUCUUUACAUGUCAGUCCUAAUCUAAAAUGCAUUUGAGCAAAAAAAUCUUCUAAUAAACUCCAAAACCUUAUUUUAACCAUUACUGCUCUGCAGCAAUAAUUGAAGUCCCAACCUGAGAACUGAGAAGUGAUAAUAAAAUGCCAACAUCUGUCCCAAUCUUGAACCAGAAAACAUUAACUGCUUUCCUACUGGCAUCACGUGCAGUACAUCAGAGAAAUGUGAACAAUCAAGGAAGUGCCCCCAGAUCAAUACUACCACUGGCCACAACUGGAAACCUGAAGACUAAGAUCUCUAAUUCUUUUGUAAAAGUUCUAUUGCACAUUUAAUAUUGUUACAAUAUUUGCAAACUCGUCAAUUUCUCUGUAUAAAGGAUUUUAAACUUAUUCAACUGAAUGUUUCCUCACUGCCAGCAAAACAUUCCCAAUGAAGAGGGAGCAUAUCCAUGAAUAUCCACACCUGAAGAAUAAAUUACUUUUAUGUUCAUAGCCAAUUACAGUGUAAGAUAAAAAGUUAAAAAUUUGAAGGAAAAAAACACUUGAGCAAGUUUAAUUCCCCAGCAAUCUCUUUCAGGGAGAUAAGUUUCUUUUAAACACGCAGAUUUUAAUGUUAAUGCAUAGUAUAUUAUUUUUAAGGGAAAAAAAAAACUCAAGGCAAACCUAAGUCAUCAAGUUCAAGCU